GUGAGACCCGCUACGCUUCAACUCCACAGCGCCGGAGCGCGGCGGGCAACAACUUUCUCCCCGGAGCGGCGGGGGCGGCGGCUGCCCUGGCAGCCGGAGAGGGAACCGGGAGGAGGAAGGCGGCGGCGGCUGCUCCCGCCGGCUCGGGCUGUCCAGCCCGCCGAGACCGCCGGCCCGCGGAGCCUCGUCCCCCCGGGCAGCCCCGGGCCCCUACCUUAUGUCCCGCAAGGCGAGCGAGAAUGUGGAGUACACGCUGCGGAGCCUGAGCAGCCUCAUGGGCGAGCGGCGCAGGAAGCAGCAGGAGCCGGACGCGGCGAGCGCGGCCGGGGAGCGCAGCCUCUUGGCGGCCGCCGAGUCGAGCGCCAGCCUGCAGAGCGCGGGCGCGGGCGGCGGUGGCGGCGUCGGGGACCUGGAGCGCGCGGCGCGGCGGCAGUUCCAGCAGGACGAGACCCCCGCCUUCGUGUACGUGGUGGCCGUCUUCUCCGCGCUGGGCGGCUUCCUGUUCGGCUAUGACACCGGGGUGGUGUCGGGGGCCAUGCUGCUGCUCAAGCGGCAGCUCAGCCUGGACGCGCUGUGGCAGGAGCUGCUGGUGUCCAGCACGGUGGGAGCGGCCGCCGUCUCGGCGCUGGCCGGCGGGGCCCUCAACGGCGUCUUUGGCCGCCGCGCCGCCAUCCUCCUGGCCAGUUCCCUCUUCACUGCAGGCUCCGCGGUGCUGGCCGCGGCAAACAACAAGGAGACGCUGCUCGUCGGCCGCCUGGUCGUGGGGCUCGGCAUCGGCAUUGCUUCUAUGACGGUGCCAGUGUAUAUCGCUGAGGUCUCACCACCCAAUUUAAGAGGCCGGUUGGUCACUAUCAAUACCCUCUUCAUCACGGGAGGGCAGUUCUUUGCAAGUGUUGUUGACGGAGCCUUCAGUUAUCUCCAAAAGGAUGGAUGGAGGUACAUGUUGGGACUCGCAGCAAUUCCAGCAGUUAUACAGUUUUUUGGCUUUCUCUUUUUGCCUGAAAGUCCAAGAUGGCUUAUUCAGAAAGGACAGACUCAGAAGGCCCGUAGAAUUUUAUCUCAGAUGCGUGGUAACCAGACCAUUGAUGAGGAAUAUGAUAGCAUCAAAAACAACAUUGAAGAAGAAGAAAAAGAAGUUGGCUCAGCUGGACCUGUGAUCUGCAGAAUGCUGAGUUAUCCCCCAACUCGCCGAGCUUUAAUUGUGGGUUGUGGCCUACAAAUGUUCCAACAGCUCUCAGGCAUUAACACCAUCAUGUACUACAGUGCCACCAUCCUGCAGAUGUCAGGUGUUGAAGAUGAUAGACUUGCAAUAUGGCUGGCUUCAGUCACAGCCUUCACAAACUUCAUUUUCACACUCGUGGGAGUGUGGCUUGUUGAGAAAGUGGGCCGCAGAAAGCUUACCUUUGGUAGUCUAGCAGGUACCACCGUAGCUCUCCUUAUUCUUGCCUUGGGAUUUCUGCUGUCAGCCCAGGUUUCCCCACGCAUCACUUUUAAACCAAUAGCUCCAUCAGGUCAGAAUGCUACAUGCACGAGAUACAGUUACUGUAAUGAAUGUAUGUUGGAUCCAGACUGCGGUUUCUGCUACAAGAUGAAUAAAACAGCUGUCAUUGACUCCUCCUGUAUUCCAGUUAAUAAAGCAUCUACAAAUGAGGCAGCCUGGGGCAGGUGUGAAAAUGAAACCAAGUUCAAAACAGAAGAAGUAUUUUGGGCUUACAAUUUCUGCCCUACUCCGUACUCCUGGACUGCACUUCUGGGCCUUAUUUUAUAUCUUGUUUUCUUUGCACCUGGAAUGGGACCAAUGCCUUGGACUGUGAAUUCUGAGAUAUAUCCCCUUUGGGCAAGAAGUACAGGAAAUGCAUGUUCAUCUGGAAUAAACUGGAUUUUCAAUGUUCUGGUAUCAUUGACAUUUUUACACACAGCAGAGUAUCUUACAUACUAUGGCGCCUUCUUCCUCUAUGCCAGCUUUGCUGCUGUGGGACUCCUUUUCAUCUACGGCUGUCUUCCUGAGACCAAAGGGAAAAAAUUAGAGGAAAUUGAAUCACUCUUUGACAACAGGCUUUGUACAUGUGGCACUUCAGAUUCUGAUGACGGGAGAUAUAUCGAAUAUAUUCGGGUGAAGGGAAGUAACUAUCAUCUUUCUGACAAUGACGCUUCUGAUGUGGAAUAA